ACACCAACUCAUCAGUUUGGUUUUUUCUACUCACAACAAAAUGUUGCGCUUAGUAGUUUUGUUUGCGUUGGUGAGCUACUCCCUGGCUGGCGUGUCCAGCAAUGAUUUCUAUGGACGCAUUGUAAAUGGCGUUCCUACCACCAUCGAGGACCAUCCCUACCAGGUCUCCCUGCAAACCAACUCCGGCAGUCAUUUCUGUGGUGGUUCCAUCAUCAGCGAGGAUGUCGUUGUUACCGCUGCCCAUUGCAUGCAAUCGCACUCUGCCUCUCAAUUCAAGGUCCGUCUCGGCUCCACUGAAUACCACACUGGUGGUGAGUUGGUAGAGGUCAAGUCAUUCAAGUUCCAUGAAGGCUACAACCCCAACACAAUGGUGAACGAUGUUGCUGUCAUCAAAUUGGCCCGUCCCGUCAAGGAAUCCGCUACGAUCCGUUUUGUUAAAUUGGCUGAUACAACUCCCGCCAAUGGAACUCCUGCUGUGGUCACCGGCUGGGGUACCACCUGCUUCAUGGCCUGCAACACUUUGCCCAAGACCUUGCAAAAAGUCGUAGUUGACUUUGUUAAUAAGAAGACUUGCGCUUCCAGCCAAUAUAAAUACGGUUCUCAAAUCAGACCUACCAUGGUGUGUGCCUAUGCCAAAGACAAGGAUGCCUGCCAAGGUGAUUCCGGUGGCCCAUUGGUUGCUGAAGGCAAAUUGGUCGGUGUUGUUUCCUGGGGCAAGGGCUGCGCUCUUGCCGGAUAUCCCGGUGUUUAUGCUGAUGUUCCUUCUCUCCGCACUUGGAUUGAAAAGGCCGCCAAGGAAUUGUAAACGUUUUGUUGCGAUAGAAGAAAUAAAUGCGAUUAAUUGAUUAUUGAA